CCCGUGAUAUCCGAGUUUGCGACGGUGGCCGUCUUGGCCUCGCGCGCGUGGAGGCCGGGCAUCAUGCGCCCAAGCGAGAAGACCAAGAUGGCCGUUGCUGCCUUCGUCCUCGCGCGCCACUACUCUGGCGUCACCAUGGUCGCCGCGGAGAAGAAGCGCUUCAUAGCAGACAUGGCGCAGUCCAGAAUCAAGGGGCUCGACAAGGCAGAGGCAUGCCCCCACGGCCGCGGGAAGACCUGCGCGACGCCGCAGGGCUUCGCGCAGUCAGUCUACAGGCUCGCGUGGCCCAACCCAGCUGAUCCGGCUGCGGCUUUCCCGCCCGAGGUCGACGUCGCGGAGAUCAAGAUGGUUCGCGGGAAUACGGCGGCCGAGUUCAAGGGCAAGCAGCUCGGCAAACAGUUCCAGCAGCAGCGUGCGCAGCGCGCCAGGGCGCUGCCGCACUCGAGCGCGCAUUUGCCUCCAUUGCAGACGCUCGCAGAUGUCCCGCGCAACGGCGAUGGAGCGGCUGCCGCUGCAGCCGGGGCGGGGGGCGCCCCUGAGACGGCGCCCGUGCCGACGAAGACCUCCAAAGCCGACGCGGGCGACGCGGCCGCAGCCCCCCGGGGCGAGCUCGGGGCGCUCGAGCCGAGCAUUCUGGCGAGCGCGAAGGCCAAGAGGAAGAGGGGCGCGAGCGCG